AAAGUGGAAACCACCAGCUAAUCUUUUUAAUUCCACUUUCUCUCACUAAAAUCCCCCAAAUUUCCAAAUUUAACACCUCAAAUCUCUUAAAUCAUCAUCAAAAUCAUCAUCAUUAUCACUCAUUCACAUCUCAAAUUUCAACAACCGCUUGCUGUUACUUCAAUCUAUGGAUUAAACUUCGAGUGCAUUAACGGCUACAUCAUUCACAAAUCACAAUCUCACUCUAAUUCAGGCUUUAGACUUGUGGAAUUAUAAUGAGAAAUCCGGAUAGGUGUCGCCGGCUGGAUGUCUUCCCUUGCUUUCUGCUAUUCGGCUUUGUGACUCAUGUGGUUUUAGCUGCUAAUUAUGUCCCAUCGGAUAAAAUCUUAUUAAAUUGUGGUGCGAAUGGUGAAUUAAGUGAUGACGAUGGUAGGAAGUGGACCUCCGAUGUAGGGUCGAGAUUCGCAUUAGCAGGUGCAGAUUCCAUAGUAUCAGAUGCAGCUACUCAAAAACCUUCUGUUCCAACGGUCCCGUUCAUGACAGCACGUAUUUUCCGAUCUGAAUUCACCUACAGCUUUCCGGUAGCUCCAGGAAGAAAAUUCGUACGCCUUUACUUCUAUCCCUCGUCUUACGCCAAGUUUAACGCCUCCCAAGGUGUCUUCUCUGUUGUGUCUGGAACAUACACCCUUUUGAAGAACUUCAGUGCAUACGAAACCACAAAUAAUUUGAAUUAUGACUUCAUCUCGAAGGAAUAUUCUGUGAACGUCGAUUCCGGGACUUUGAAUUUGACAUUUACUCCUGCUUCAGGAACUCCCGAUUCAUAUGCAUUUGUUAACGGUAUCGAAAUCGUUUCGCAUCCCGAUAUUUAUUCGUCUGAUGGAAAUACCAUGAUUGUUGGUAUCAACACGCCUUUCGAUAUCAACAAUGACACGGUUCUCGAAAACGUCUAUCGGUUAAACGUUGGCGGUCAGUCUAUUUCACCGUCUGGUGAUACCGGGCUUUUUAGACCGUGGGCUGGUGAUACACAAUACAUAUUUGGGGCGGGUGUUGGGGUUCCUGUGGCUACUGACCCGAACAUCACUAUCAGUUAUCCUUCGGGUAUGCCCGAUUAUGUAGCACCGGUUGACGUGUACAAAACCGCCAGGUCAAUGGGUCCAACCCCAGCGGUCAACAUGGGUUACAAUCUGAGUUGGUACUUCGAUGUUGACACGGGCUUUUCGUACCUUGUUAGACUCCAUUUCUGUGAAGUUGCUCCGGAAAUAAGCAAGGUUAACCAACGCGUGUUUGAAAUCUUCAUAAACAAUCAAACUGCUGAGACCGAAGCGGAUGUAAUUGCGUGGGCAACAAAAAAAGAGGUUCCGGUGUUUAAAGAUUACGUUGUCUUUUUUGGUGGGGGAGCUCCAAGACAAGAUCUAUGGCUAGCACUGCAUCCAAACGCCGCAUCAAAAUCACAAUAUUAUGAUGCAAUCUUGAACGGUGUUGAGAUAUUUAAGAUAAACGCGAGUGACGGUAAUCUUGCUGGAUCACUUCCAUCACCAGCUCCAGUACAACCAAUCAUUGAUCCCGAUAGAGGAGCGUCUAUAAAGUCCGGUAAAUCUAACAAAACCGGGUUGAUUGGUGGUGGUGUUGGUGGUGGCAUUGCUGUAGUUAUCCUCAUCGGUUUGUUUGUUUGCUUUUUGACCCGUAAAAGCAAGAAACAAAAGGAUCCGAGCUCUAGUGAUGGCCCGUCGGGCUGGCUACCACUUUCAUUAUACGGAAACUCACAUUCUUCGGGCUCUACCGCGAAAACAAACACCACCGGUAGCUAUGCUUCCUCCCUACCGUCAAACUUAUGCCGCCACUUCUCGUUUUCGGAGAUCAAAGCUGCCACUAAAAACUUCGAUGAAUCUCUACUUCUCGGUGUUGGUGGAUUCGGUAAAGUUUACAAAGGCGAAAUAGACGGUGGGACAACGAAAGUUGCCAUCAAACGAGGAAACCCGUUAUCCGAUCAAGGUGUAAACGAAUUUCAAACGGAAAUCGAAAUGCUUUCAAAGCUUCGUCACCGCCACCUCGUAUCAUUAAUCGGCUAUUGUGAAGAUAACAACGAAAUGAUUUUGGUGUAUGAUUACAUGGCACACGGGACCCUUCGUGAGCAUCUUUACAAAACCCAAAACCAACCGUUACCUUGGAAGCAACGGCUCGAGAUUUGCAUAGGUGCGGCCCGCGGGCUCCAUUAUCUCCACACGGGUGCUAAACACACCAUCAUCCAUCGUGAUGUUAAAACGACUAACAUUCUACUAGAUGAGAAAUGGGUCGCCAAAGUUUCCGAUUUCGGGCUCUCAAAAACCGGGCCCGCUUUGGAUCACACUCACGUAAGCACGGUGGUCAAAGGUAGUUUCGGGUAUUUAGAUCCCGAAUACUUUAGAAGACAACAACUGACCGAUAAAUCCGAUGUGUACUCGUUUGGGGUGGUCCUGUUUGAGAUAUUAUGUGCUCGACCCGCUUUAAACCCGACACUACCGAAAGAACAAGUGAGCUUAGCUGAAUGGGCUCAACACUGCCACACAAAGGGUAUUCUUGACCAAAUCAUCGACCCGUUUCUAAAAGGAAGAAUCUCACCGGAAUGCUUCAAGAAAGUGGCGGAGACCGCCGUGAAGUGUGUUGCCGACCAAGGGAUCGAGCGUCCGUCCAUGGGUGACGUGUUGUGGAACCUCGAAUUCGCUCUGCAACUUCAGGAGAGUGCGGAAGACAGUGGCGGCAAUGUGUCAUUGGGUUUGGAAACUAGUGUUUAUGAUGAGGUGCCACUUAAAGGGAAGGCGGGUGGCGGUGAUUAUGACGAAAAUGUGACGGAUUCUCGAAGCACCGGGAUGUCGAUGAGCAUUGGCGGGAGGAGUUUGGCUAGUGAAGAUUCCGAUGGGUUGACACCGAGUGCGGUGUUUUCGCAGAUUAUGAACCCGAAAGGUCGUUAAGAUGCCGGUAAGUCGCCGGAACCUGAUUUUAAUAUUUAUUUUGAUAAAGUUUUAUAUUAUUUUUUAACACGCAAGAUUGAUUAUUUGUUUUGUAAUCCCAUCUCUAAUAUAAGUUGUAAUUACCGUUUUAAGAAGCGUAACGGUUCUGGGAUCUAUUAUUGUUUAAUUUAUUUUUGAUGAAAUUGUGUACACCUGGAAUUAAUAAGUGUUACGUGUCGAUAUA